AAGAAAACAAAACAAAAUCAUUUCACCAUUCUAAAUAAAAAAUUUGUGUUGUGUGGUUGUGUCGCGAAGUUUGCCUUGCUAAUAUAAGUAAAGUUGCACUUUAACUUUCUGUAACUGCGUAGUAAAUAAAUUUAAUUCAAAAUGAGCAAAAAAGUUGAUCAUCCAGAGCUGCGUGCACAGUUAGAAACUCUGAACAAUAAAGAAUUGCAUUACAAGUGUGUUGAACAUGGCAUGAAUGUACCAGUUGCCGACUCAACACGCGAUGUCAUCAUACGCAAAUUAAUAAAAUCGAUCACCGGUGAUUCGAACUUAUCAUCGCCCAAGGCCAAUAAAAAGCAAGUUGCUUCCCCAAGUGAGCGUCGUAAGACCGUAAAUGUGACUGUGCAUGUAUCCAGCGAUGAGGAAGAAGCGGGAAGACAAAAGCAGCGAUCCGCAAUUAAAAAUAAAACGCGCACCCAAUCCCCAAAAGGCCACAACGUAACAUUUGAUUCAGUGCUGAAUAAUAAUCGUAGUAAUAUAACUGCUACAAAAGCAACAACGGUACAUCAAAUAGCCAAAAGUGCUGAUACAAAUGCCAAUUACGGAUUUGGUAAUAGGGCAAGAAAUAUGCCUCUUGAAGUACAUAAUCUAAAUAAUAUUAAUCACGAUAUUGAUGAAAUAGAAAUGAUUCCCAGUAAUCUCGAUGAUGGAUAUAAAUCUACUUCAACUAAUUUGAAUUUUAGUCAAACACGUACUUAUGGACAAGAUCGGAGAGAGAUUCCUAUCAGUACCUACAAAUCAUCAUUACCAAAUUUGGGAUUCAGCCAAACACGCACUCUGAACACUACUCAACAACAAAAUGAGGCCGAGAUACCUAGACAAGGAUUCUUUUCAACUCCUCCGGAACAUACCAUUAAUAGACCAGUUGGCUUCUAUAGUUCAGGAUCCCCAAUUAAUUCUUUCAAUAUUGAAAAUAUGGCCAGUCAUUCUUCGACACUUGGUGGUAGUUUGGGAGGCUCAUUCUCAAAGGAUCCAGUAUUUAAACGUCCAGCAGCAAUUUCUAAGUCCAAUGUAACUAAUACCACUUACAAUCAGGCGGAUGCACAACGUUUAUAUCCGCGGUUACCAACUGAUUUGCCCACGCCCUCAUUGUACACAGUUUCACCGCCGUCUACACCGGAUUCUCAAAUGUCUACCAAUUCUAGUAGAGCGCCUUCACUGACAAAGUCAGGUGUGAUGACGACAUCAUAUUAUCAGGAAAUUACACCUGUAAAAGAAGUAAAGCAUUUUGAAGUAGAAAGUGAAGAAGAGCCCUCGAUAGGUGGUGGUGGCGAUCAUAACCGUAGAACAAUGCCUAUGACUACGAAUUACGAUAGAAGCAGCAAUGUUGCGGGCAUUAAACAUGGCUCAGAAGCGCAUUUGCCUUUUGAACCUCAUCUACAGUCCCCUUUAAAUUUUUCCUCGCGCUAUACGAGCGCUCCUUUAAACAAAGAAUCGUAUAUUCCAACUAGUUCAUCACCCAAAGCACAGUCGUCACCAAAUGUGAAACGCUAUUCAACAACAGCACGUGCAAACACCAGUUACACACGCAGUGUUGACGAACCUGAUAGCUGUUCGGAUGGUGAACAAUUGUCCGGCGAUGAGAUAUAUGUACAGGAUAGCGAUGAGGAGGAAUACUUGGCUGAGGGUAGGAAAAUCUACAGCAGCUAUGGCAGCAAUAAAAUACAAGAGCGUGUACCAUAUCGCCGCAGCAAUUCAGGGAGGCUAAGUGCAUCACCCGGUCCACGUUACAGUUCAGCCGCAAUGGGACGACACUCACUGAAUCCUGACGACGAUGAUGAUGAUGUUAAUGCUUCGUUAAAAAACUUUCUAACGACAUUGGAUCGCAAAUAUCAUAUUAAACAAAUGCUAUAUAUGUUUGCCGUAUUCGCUCUUGCUGUAUUUAUAUAUGUAGUGUUCUUUGAGAAAACUGCAGUUGAUGACAGUUCUUGAUGUGUAGGUAAUGCUAGAAGAAUGAAACUACAAACCGGUCGUUAUAAAAUGCUAUGCUAAAGCGGCUAGUUCGAAAAGUAGAAAAUAUUAAAUUAAAUCUAAAUAUUCACUUAUAAACCAUCAAAAUUGCUUAUAUUCAAAAUUAGUUGUGUAAUUUGUUAGGUCUAAUGACAAUUUAGUUUUUCGUAUAAAUAAAUCUAAUUUCUAUAUGCAUAUGUAUGUGAUUAAAAAGUAAGAGAAAGAAACUUUUUCGUUUGUCAAAUAAAUAAAUAAAUAACAAUUUACUAUGUACAUAAAUCUUAAUGAUACUCAAAUUCAAAAAAUAUAUACUAUACAUAUAUUUAAUUAACCUAAAUAAUUCAAGGGGAAUAUUACAGAUUUUUUCAUUAUGUUCUUAUUUGCUGCUAAUUCUAUUUACAUAAGUACAUUAAUGUCUUCGUAUUUAUCUAUGUUUGUAUGUACUGCACAAUAUUUAUAUAUCUCAUUUUCGUUCAAAGUAAUAAAGCGUUAAGGCGCACGCAGAAAGCAAA